CGUUUGUUGUAUGUGAUAAUGCAUCCAUUAAUCAACCGUAGUUGAAAUAUACCCAUGUCCAGCCUCCUGAAAAAUUGAUCCUCAUCUCCUCCUCUCUCAUGCAAACUGUGUUUGAACUCGCCUGGGUUAUUGGUUAUAUUUGUUGACAUAUACUCCCGUUUCGUUAAUCUAGUAAUAUAUAGCUCCUCUUUGCCCACUGCCCUAAUGUCUGCAUCUCUCCAACCAAUCGAGCUGUAACGUUAUGCUUUUACGGAUGACAUGUCGUGAUGAACUCUAACCAUAGCAUGAACUGUGUGGGAUGCACACUUGCACCUUAGCACACUCAAGUGUCACAAACUUCCAGCCAUUAUUAUGAGUUUAAUAAACACUAAACGUUAUGCUUUAACAAAUUAGUCGUAUAGCUGAGAUGGCCUGCUUUUCCGAAGGGGCGUGUUCUUACUAUCUCGACUGAAAGCUCCGCUCCGUUCUGCCUGUGAGUAUCUGGCGAGCUACUAACUAUCUACCCAGGCAGCGAGCGACGGUUGAAGUAGUCGAAGCUGAAAAUAGCCAGCUAGCUUUGCUGCUCCCGUCUAAUCCAACUCAGAGUCGGUCUGAAGUUAAAAUGCUGGAAAUUAAUCCAAAUUCAUGAGUGCGCAGAAGACGUUUGCUGGAGGAAAUCAUGGAAGACUGAGAGACGAGGGACAUUUUAUCGGUGUAUUUUUACCGGCUUUUCGGCCAAGCCCCCAGCUUAAACAGCCUUCGCAAAAAGCUUCUGCUUCUCUGCGGAAGUUGUGGUCGGAAAAUACGGUCAAGGUACACGGGGCUGCGUGGUGUGAGUGCCCAUGAGAAAACCACGACGGAGGGGAGGCCUGUCCGGGGGCCAAAGUGAUGCCGCGGACACGGGUACAUCAGGCAUGGGGGCAUCGCAGCCACGCUCACCCUCUCCCAACCGGCUGAAAGUUUCACCCACCAGAGAAACCCUAACGUACGCCCAGGCACAGAAAAUCGUGGAAGUGGACCUAGAUGGAAGACUGCAUCGGAUCAGCAUCUUUGACCCCUUGAUUGUGAUCACUGAAGAUGAGAUGACUGCUCAGGACAUUGCAGAGUGUAACAGCAACAAAGAGAACAGUGAGCAGACACCAGUGACCGCCAUCGUCAGCUCGCCGCGCCGAUCGGCGGCCCACAGGGGUAAAAAGAAGGAUGUGAAGCAGUUAUCAUCGUCUUCGUCGCAAAACCACUUUUCCAACUCACACGGACAAUCUCAGACACAGUCAAAUGUGAACAGCCACCAUAGUGCUUUACCCAAGCCUACUUUCAGAGAACAAGAGUCUUACGAACCAGUGGAGGCGCCUCCUCGCCCUUCGUCUUAUUACCGCUACAUUGAGAAGUCCGGUGAAGAGCAGGAUACGGAUGCGGAGUAUGACAUGGACGAGGAAGACGUGGCCUGGCUGGAGCUGCUGAACGAUAGACGGGCAUCAGAAGGCCAGCCACAAGUAUCGCCCGACACUUUCGAACUCCUAAUAGACCGUCUGGAAAAAGAGUCAUUCUUGGAGUCCCGAAGCCAAGCGCCCUCGCAGAGCAUCAUUGACGAAGACGCCUUCUGUUGCGUCUGUCUCGACGACGAGUGUCUCAACAGUAACGUCAUCCUGUUCUGCGACAUCUGCAACCUGGCUGUGCACCAGGAGUGUUACGGAGUUCCCUACAUCCCAGAGGGCCAAUGGCUCUGCCGCUGUUGCUUGCAGUCGCCCUCUCGGCCCGUGGACUGCGUGCUUUGCCCGAACCGGGGCGGAGCAUUUAAACAGACCAGUGACGGACGAUGGGCGCAUGUGGUCUGCGCUAUUUGGAUCCCGGAGGUGUGUUUUGCCAACACGGUCUUCCUUGAGCCCAUUGAGGGCGUGGACAACAUUCCACCGGCUAGGUGGAAGCUAACGUGUUACCUGUGCAAGCAGAAAGGUUGUGGAGCAUCCAUCCAGUGCCACAAGGCCAACUGCUACACGGCCUUCCAUGUGACCUGUGCGCAGAGGGCGGGGCUCUUUAUGAAAAUAGAGCCAAUCCGAGAGACUACUGUGAAUGGGACUACGUUUUCGGUGAAAAAGACUGCGUUUUGUGAUGCGCACUCACCAGCCGCGAAGGACGGGUCAGAUGAUGAUGAAACCGGGGGGAGGGUUUUGGGGUGUAGGGCUAAUAGGGGUCGCAGUGCCUACACGCACACGCCACAGCUGAAGAAGCAACGGCGAAGCAAUAAACUGGAUUCUAAGCAGCAGCAGAAGAAAGGAAAGAAGGAAGAAGUGUCCAAAAAAGUCACAACACCGCUGGUCACUGUCCCGGAAAUACCGACUCACAGAUUGAACAAAAUUUUUAAAGAUGUGAUCAUACAGAGGAAGAAUCAGUUCAUGCAGAGGCUUCACAACUAUUGGUUACUUAAGCGCCAGUCCCGCAACGGAGUGCCUCUCAUUCGUCGUUUACAUUCGCAUAUGCAGGGUCAGAGGACUGCAGAACAGGCGGAGCCAGAUGAAAAGCUGAAUGCUGUAAGAGAAGAGCUGAAAUACUGGCAGAAGCUCCGUCAUGAUUUGGAGAGAGCGCGACUUCUGAUUGAGCUCAUCCGCAAGAGAGAGAAACUAAAGAGAGAGCAGGUGAAGAUUCACCAGGCUGUGACUGAGCAUCAGUUAACUCCGGUCCUGGUACUGCUGCGGUCCACUUUAGACCAGCUUCAGGAGAAAGAUAAUGCAAACAUAUUUGGACAGCCUGUCAACUUGAAAGAGGUCCCAGAUUACCUGGAGUUUAUCACGCACCCCAUGGACUUCUCCACAAUAAAAUCCAAAUUGGAAGCUCACAAAUAUCGCUCUGUCACUGACCUGGAGGCUGAUUUCAACCUCAUGAUCUCCAACUGCCUGCUUUACAAUGCUAAAGACACUGUGUUUUACCAAGCUGCAAUACGUCUGAGGGACCUAGGGGGCGCUAUCCUGAGGCACGCUCAGAGACAAGCCCAGAGCACAGGCUUCGACCUGGACUCGGGCAUGCACCUGGCAGAAUCGCCACACAAAAAUGACUACUACCGCUGCACUUUGGAAGAUGUCGACACGCUGCUAGACCCUGAUAAUCGAUUGCACAUGACGACGGAAAAUCAGUUGAGGGAGCUGCUAGAUAAAUUAGACGUGGUGACGUCCAUGCGCUCGAGCGGCGCACGCACACGCCGUAUCCGCCUGCUGCGGCGAGAAAUCAACAACGUCCGCUAUAGGCGGAACUCGCACAUGCUCAAUGGAGACCUCAAAGAGGAAGAUGAGGAGGAAGAUGAAGACAAAGAGAUGGAUGGUGAACAUAACCUGUCUUCGUCGUCGUCAGAUAAAGAUGACUGUAAAUCAACCCCGCCACCCAUGCUGGAGCCCACAGGCCUGGCUUUAUCCCCUCCACCAGGAGACACCCCCCGAGAACCACCGACUCUCCGACCCAUGACAUCUGUCCCCUGGUCCUUCCCGUGCCCACCCAAGCGCCUCAAACUCAACAGCGAGAGCCAAGAGGCCGAUGCAGAUGCUGCACCUGUGAACAGCUGCACCAAACCCGAGGUCUUCCCGCCUGAGCACAAACUGAUCAAUGGCCUGUCCUCCACCGAGGCACUGUCCCGGCCCGCCACGGGAGGGGUCGGGCGGCGAACGUCCGUCCUCUUCAAAAAAGCUAAGAAUGGAGCAAAGCUCCAGCGUGAGAAAGACAAUCAGAUGCAGAAUGGAAAUAGGGAGGAGGUCGCCGGCACUGACCUAGACCCUGCUCGCACACCAAAUUGCACCACCACCAUCAAGACUGAAACGUCAGCCCAGCCAAAACCUCCAACACCUCCGCCCAUAUCAACACCAGCCAAACAGAGAGCAAGAAGUCGCAGCUGUAGUCCAGAGCGUGAGAGAACGCCCCCUCGACUCACUCUAGAGCCCGCUCUCACAAAUGGAUUCAGAAAGCACAAAGAUGGCGGCUCUGACUCAGAAUGCAGCUCCUCUCCGACUAUCAGAGAACUUGUCACACCCCCUAAAAAGAGCAGAGGGAAACCUGCUUUGUCCAAAGUACCAUUCUUAGAAACUGUAAACGGAGACUCUGACUACACUGGGACUGAUGUGCUGUCGAACGGGGACGCGCCUGAACCUGAACCUCUGGAUUUGGUGUGGGCCAAAAGCAGAGGAUAUCCAUCCUAUCCUGCUCUGGUAAGAGAGGGCGCUCUACACUCGCAUUACAUUCAGACUGCAUGUAUAGAGUUCCAUUCAGCAGCGCCCCUCACUGACCAGGCCGAGCGACUAAAAGCGCUCCUGCGCAGAGGGACGACACAGUCCCCUCUGGCAGAGCCUCGAGUGAUGCGCUCAGAGCUGUUUCUUUGGGUGAUGAACUCAGCCAGAGGCGCUGGGGCCAAAUCAUGUGUCACUUUGUAUAUAAGACUCAAAUCAAAUAACAUUAUGAAUACUGUCCCAGUUUAA